UUUCAGGGCUGUAUGCUCCAGGCCUCAAUGAGGAGCCCAAACAUGGAGACCUUCAAGCAGCAGAAGGUGGAGGACUUUUACGACAUCGGAGAGGAGCUGGGGAGCGGCCAGUUUGCCAUUGUGAAGAAGUGCCGGGAAAAGAGCAGCGGGCUGGAGUACGCAGCCAAGUUCAUCAAGAAGCGGCAGAGCCGGGCCAGCCGGCGGGGCGUGUGCCGGGAGGACAUCGAGCGGGAGGUGAGCAUCCUGCGGCAGGUGCUGCACCCCAACAUCAUCACGCUGCACGACGUCUUUGAGAACCGCACCGACGUGGUGCUCAUCCUGGAGCUAGUGUCCGGAGGAGAGCUCUUUGACUUUCUGGCCCAGAAGGAGUCACUGAGUGAGGAGGAGGCCACCAGCUUCAUUAAGCAGAUCCUGGACGGAGUGAACUACCUUCAUGCAAAGAAAAUUGCUCACUUUGAUCUCAAGCCAGAAAACAUUAUGUUGUUAGACAAGAAUAUUCCCAUUCCACACAUCAAGCUAAUUGACUUUGGCCUGGCUCAUGAAAUAGAAGAUGGAGUUGAAUUUAAGAACAUUUUUGGCACACCAGAAUUUGUUGCUCCAGAAAUUGUGAACUAUGAGCCUCUGGGCCUGGAGGCUGACAUGUGGAGCAUAGGCGUCAUCACCUACAUCCUCCUAAGUGGAGCAUCCCCUUUCCUGGGAGACACGAAGCAGGAAACGCUGGCAAAUAUCACAGCGGUGAGUUACGACUUUGAUGAGGAAUUCUUCAGCCAGACCAGCGAGCUGGCCAAGGAUUUCAUUCGGAAGCUUCUGGUUAAAGAGACCCGGAAACGGCUCACAAUCCAAGAGGCUCUCAGACACCCCUGGAUCACGUCCAAAGGAGAAGUCAGAGCCCCAGAACAACGGAAGACAGAGCCCACCCAGCUGAAGACCAAGCGCCUGAGAGAGUACACCCUCAAGUGCCACUCAAGCAUGCCUCCCAACAACACCUACAUCAACUUUGAGCGCUUUGCUCACGUGAUGGAGGACGUGGCUUUGGUAGACCGGGGAUGCCAUGCCCUGGCAGGGACCCAUGACACCAUCCAGGAUGAUGUGGAGGCCCUGGUCUCCAUCUUCAAUGAGAAGGAAGCUUGGUACCGAGAGGAGAGCGAGAGCGCCCGGCACGACCUCUCCCAGCUCAGGUACGAGUUCCGCAAAGUGACAUCCUUGAAGAAGCUCCUGCGAAAAGACAUCCAGGCCACAGGGUCCAGCCUCGGAAGCAUGGCCAGGAAGUUGGACCAUCUGCAGGGGCAGUUUGAAGCUCUGAGGCAGGAGCUCUCAGCAGACCUACAGUGGAUCCAGGAACUGGUGGGCAGCUGCCAGCUGGAGAGUGGGAGCCCAGAUGGCCUGGGCUCCGUGUUCUGCCGGGACACCAGGGAGCCCCUAGCGGAGCUGUGCAGCAGAUCAGGCAGCGAAGAAGUCUUGGCCAGCUUGAAGCUCUGAGCACCAGAAUCGAGUCAGUAAUGCCUCCUGGAUGGCUUGCAGAAGGAUGUUACAACUGCCCUGCUGGGCAUCAGCUAGAAUUAUCCUGCAAGGAUGUAUGUCUGUAGCAUAGACUUCCACCCCCUUCCCAGAAUGCAGAAUCAUGGAGGAGCUAGCGA